AUGAUGUCUCUACCCAAACGAAUAAUUAAAGAGACUGAAAGACUGAGCGCCGAACCUGUACCUGGUAUCAGUGCCUCUCCUCAUGAAGAUAACCUACGAUAUUUCGAUGUAUCGAUACAUGGGCCAAAUCAAUCCCCAUACGAAGGUGGAAUCUUUAAACUUGAGCUUUUCCUUCCCGAGGACUAUCCCAUGACACCGCCAAUGAUACGGUUUCUCACAAAAAUAUACCACCCAAACAUCGAUAAGCUUGGACGAAUAUGCCUCGACGUGCUCAAGGGCAAGUGCUGGAAUCUUUCAUGUAAUUGGUCCCCAGCUCUUCAAAUUAGGACAAUUCUUCUGUCAAUUCAGGCCCUUCUAGGCGCGCCAAAUCCCGAUGACCCCUUAUCAGCUGAAGUUGCGAAGAAGUGGAAAGAAAACGAACCGGCUGCUAUUGAAAUCGCUAAAGAAUGGACCCGAACAUACGCAAUGGAAUAA